AUGAUGAAGCUGAAUAUUAUUACAAAGCUACCAUAGAGUUAAGGCAAUUUUAUGGCUUUAUGCCGAUUCUCUUUCCUCUGCAAUUCUCCCACUUCUCUUCACCCGUUUCCCGCUGCCUGCUCCACCUUCUCUCCAUCUCUGUUAUACCUUCCUAAGCCUGUCCAUUUCACUAACCUAAUAUCCCCAUUUCGCAGGACACCAGCUCCUUAUCCUUUCUCACGGGCUUCGCUUUGCUCCUCUUCGUCUUCCACCAUGGAAUCGCCUCCUGAUGGCUACAGAAGAAAUGUGGGGAUCUGUCUUAUCAACGAUUCGAAGAAGAUAUUUUUGGCUUCUAGACUCGACAUUCCCGAGGCCUGGCAAAUGCCGCAGGGUGGUGUUGAUGAAAACGAAGAUCUUAGAGAUGCUGUACUCAGGGAGCUAAAAGAAGAAACUGGAGUCACAUCAGCUGAAAUUCUUGCAGAGGUGCCUUACUGGUUGACAUAUGAUUUCCCACCAGCUGUGAGAGAGAAAUUGAGAAUAAUUUGGGGAUCAGACUGGAAGGGUCAAGCACAAAAGUGGUUCCUCCUUAAAUUCACCGGGAAAGAUGAGGAAAUUAAUCUUUUGGGUGAUGGAACGGAGAAGCCUGAGUUUGGAGAAUGGUUAUGGAUGACACCGGAGCAAGUAGUUGAACUUGCUGUGGAAUUCAAGAAGCCUGUGUACAAGAAUAUUUUGGAAGUCUUUUCACCCCAUGUCCAAGGAGAUGGAGGCUCAUGAACCUGCAAUUUUGUUGCCUCUGCCUAAAAACACUUUAAAACAAUUCAUCCUUCUCUCGUUUUUUAUAACUUUUUUUUUUCAUAUUGUCAAUUUGGAUUCUUUUGAAGAAAAGGGUAUUUAGGUACGUCGUUAUUAUACUAAUGACUUGGUAUUUAUUGUCUUAGUUUAAACUC